UCAGAUAAUGUGACUAAUUGUGAACCUUAUAAAUUUCUUAUAAAAAUCAUGGGAGCCAAUACACCUCAAGAACAUGGCUGCUUCUCAAAGCUUUUCCCAACAAAAUCAAGUUUCCUGAUAUUUUCUAGUUACCUUGCUCUUGGUGUAAGUCUGGGGAUAUUAGUGACCAGAACUCAAGAUAAAAGCAAUGGAUACUCUUACAACAUAACAACUGCUGUGCUGCUCGUUGAAUUGCUGAAGCUUACUGCUACUUCAGCAUUCUACCUCACCAGAGACAGCUUUGCUCACCUUGUUGAGCAAAUUUUUCAUUAUCGCACAGCGCUUGCUUUGUACCUGGUGCCAGGAGUGCUCUACUGCCUGAGCAAUAACCUCACUUUCACUAAUCUUUCACAUUUUGAUCCAACAACCUACUUGCUGCUCAUGCAACUUCGAGUCUUGGUUACUGGGCUUAUUUAUCAGAUUUUAUUCAAGCGCAACUUGAGCCGCAUUCAAUGGAUCUCGCUUCUUGUCCUCACCAUUGGAUGUGCCGUCAAGCAAUUGGAUGUCCAGCAAAAACAACAGACAGCACUACAGCAAUCACCUGCAUUAUUGAGUGAUGAUAAGUUUGCCAGUUUGAAAAUUGAUGGAAAUGAUUCAAGGUUUCAUUUCUCGAAGAAGCUGCUUUCAGCUUCACGCACUGAAAAUAUUGCAGCUCGUCAACGUGCAUUGGUUCCAGAUGAGACACAAGGUGCUUUGCCUGUUGGGCUACUGCUUGUUUUUGCCCAGAUUGUGUGCUCAUGUUUUGCUGGCGUGUACAAUGAACGUCUCCUGAAGGAUUACUCGUCAGACAUGAGCCUGACACUGCAGAAUGUUCUCAUGUACCUGGAUAGCAGCUUCUGUAAUAUCCUCCUGCUGGGUAUCAAGGGAGAACUGGCAACGGCUUUAAGCUACGACGGCUUGCAGAAGAUCGUGCUGAACCCUUCUGUGCUGCUGGUGAUACUUAACAACGUGGCGCUGGGUCUCGUAACGAGCGUCUUCCUCAAGAACUUGAACUCCAUUCUUAAAGUUUUUUCCUCGGCCAUUGAACCUGUGGUGCUUGCCGUACUUUGCUUUAUUAUCUUCGGGUACGAGAUCACACUCUACACGGCGCUGAGCAUCAUGCUGGUCACGAGUGCCACUUAUCUUUACGCCACGAAUCCUGUAGCCGUGGCACCAUCACCCUCAAUACAUCACAGCGCUGGCUCUUAUAAUAGCGUUACAAGUUUUGCAUAUGAUGGGGUAGCUGCUUCUCAAAAAGAUGCUAAUUCCCUAAUAUUUACAGAUAAACAGAUGGUGAAGUCAUGUGUUUGAAUAAAAUUGUUCAAGCUUAGUGAAUCAUUUUAGUUAAAUGAUCUGCGUAGGUACAGAAAAACUUAUGGUUCAAGUCAAGCCAGUGGCUUGAUGUUUUCAAAGGCAUAUUGAAAAGACAUUAGUUUAACUAUUGAACAGCUCAUAUUUUAUUAUUACAACCAUUCUAUUUUGAAUAUAUAUAUUCAUAUUUCGAGUACAUAUUUGAAAGUAAUUUGUGGACAUUUCUUAAAGAGAACUAACGUCUACUUAAGAAGCCAUUAUUUUUAUGUUAAAUUUUGCUUAUCUUGGCAACUAACAUUCUAAUAAGCAUAUUUUAUGUGAACACUGCGACAAAUUCAGUUUUGCCAUCUGGUGUGCCAUUAUCUAUUCUGUCGCUUGUCUAUUACAAUAUUUAUUACUUGUCGAGUCAGUCACUAUAUCGACGCUGUACUUAAAAAAAAAUUUCGUUGUACUUAGACAAUCAAAAUAAUAUAUAUUUUCAUAAUAAUUGACGUUCUUAUUGUUAGUAUCUGUUAUAUGCAAAUCUUUUUUAAAUAUUGUUGAAGCCAGUUUGCGUUAAAUUUUGAAAAUGUGUUUAAUGUAAUAAUUUAAAUAUACCAGAUUCUCAUGCAGAGGUACCGUACGUAAUUUUUCUGCUUAAAAUUUGUACUUUCGUAAUAAAAGUCAUAGUUGUAAGUUUUAAUUGCUUGAAAAAUUAUAAAUCAUUCACCUUCACGUCGUCUAGUCUUCAAUGGCUUCUAUUUAUUUACGCGUUUAGCUUUGGUAUUGAGUGCACGGGAAAGUACUUUAUUUCUCUAGAGUGAGAAAUAAAGAGUGAGUGCUUUAUUCAUCUAGAGUGAGGAAUAAAGAGCGAGUUCUUUAUUCCUUUAUUUUUCAUGAUAUGUUUAUGUUCGUCACCCUUAUCCUUAUUCAGGAACGAUGUCCUACUUACACAUUCCUACCUAAGAUGCUACUUAUGUAGGAUGCUCUAUUUUACCUGGACCGUUAUCCCUACUUAAGACGUUACUAAAACUGUAGUUUAAGUGAUUGAAUCGCAACUAUGAUUGUACACUAUCUGAUCAUGAACAUUCCUAUUAGCUCUAAUAUAAAUAGGUUUUUUACUAAUUUGACUUAUAUGAUGUUCACAUAAGUGCUGAGACGUGAUUUUUUUUCUGCUAGGCCAUCUCAUAUAUUAUGCAUUCUAUAUUAAAGAAUUUAAAGCAGAGAGAACGCCAAGUAAAUUCACCAUAUCGACAUUGAAAACGUUUCAUUAUAUAUCAUAUCAUGCGCUCAUGAGCACGGUUGACGUGUUCAUUUAAUAGAUUUAUUCAUAAUUGUGACGGGUUUGUGACUUGAUGAUUUCACUAUUAAUGUUAAACCACAGUAUUGCAGCUAAUUAACUUGACUAUAUAUCUUUAUCUUCAGUAUUGCUCAAUUUGACGUUGUAUUGUAAAACUAACGAGGCUUUUCUCCGUACAAUUAACUCGUAUUUACUUGUUCAUGAAUGUUUGACGCAUAUUGCACUGCAAUUGAUUCCUAAUAUGCAUGUUUCUUUGUUGCAUGUUUGUUAAUUUAUUGUGUGUGUUCGUUUUCUUAUCUUUAAAAUAGGGAUUCGAUCCCUGAUUAUCGUGUCCACGAAGCAGCUGCUGUCUCGAGUGUUCAUUAGGGCGCUAUUUUCCAUUACUUUUCACUGCUAUUUAGCUCGAAUGAUCUUCAUCUGAAAAUCUUUGGGAUUUUUGAGCUAAUAAUUAAACAGUUAGAUUUAUUUGAUUCUAAGACAAUGAUUCUCUAACAUCCACUCUUUUUAUUAUUUUAGUGGAGUCCCACAAUUCUUGUUUUUUACUACCAAUAUUCAGGGUUGGCCUUGAAUUUCGCGUUCAAAUGCCGUUUCCUGAACGUAAAUUUUAGAUUUAUUUGAUUUUAAAGCAAUUGUUCUCUAAUAUAGACUUUAUAUUAUUAAUGGAGAUCCGUAAUUUUUGUUUUGUACUAGUGUUCAAUGUUGGUUUUGAAUUUUGCGUUCAAAUCCCGUUUCCUGAACAUAAAUUCAAUCGCACACGCGUUUAAAAAUGCAUUCCUCACUAACUAUGUUUAUUUUCUAACGUUUAUUCUCAUCACAGAUUGAUGAUCAAUAAAGUCGAGCAACAUCAA